CUGCAUUGCAGCCGCCGCGGCGCCGCUGGGCUCCUCACUCCCAACAAUGGCGGCUCCGAGCCCGAGCGGCGGCGGGGGCGGCUCCGGGGGCGGCAGCGGCACCCCGGGCCCCGCGGGGUCCCCGGCGCCCGGCCACCCGGCCGUCAGCAGCAUGCAGGGUAAACGCAAAGCACUGAAGUUGAAUUUUGCAAAUCCAACUUUCAAAUCUACAGCAAGGUUUACUCUGAACCCCAAUCCUGCAGGAGUUCAAAACCCACACAUAGAGAGACUGAGAACACACAGCAUUGAAUCGUCAGGAAAACUGAAGAUCUCCCCUGAGCAACACUGGGAUUUCACUGCAGAGGACUUGAAAGACCUUGGAGAAAUUGGACGAGGAGCUUAUGGUUCUGUCAACAAAGUGGUCCACUAACCAAGUGGGCAAAUAAUGGCAGUUAAAAGAAUUCGGUCAACAGUGGAUGAAAAGGAGCAGAAACAGCUUCUCAUGGAUUUGGAUGUAGUGAUGCGGAGCAGUGACUGCCCGUACAUUGUUCAGUUUUAUGGCGCACUCUUCAGAGAGGGUGACUGUUGGAUCUGUAGGGAACUCAUGUCUACCUCGUUUGAUAAGUUUUACAAAUAUGUAUAUAGUGUAUUAGAUGAUGUUAUUCCAGAAGAAAUUUUAGACAAAAUCACUUUAGCAACUGUGAAAGCACUAAACCACUUAAAAGAAAACUUGAAAAUCAUUCACAGAGAUAUCAAACCUUCCAAUAUUCUUCUGGAUAGAAGUGGAAAUAUUAAACUCUGUGACUUUGGCAUCAGUGGACAGCUUGUGGACUCCAUUGCCAAGACAAGGGAUGCUGGGUGCAGGCCGUACAUGGCACCUGAAAGAAUAGACCCAAGUGCAUCACGACAAGGCUAUGAUGUCCGCUCUGAUGUCUGGAGUUUGGGGAUCACAUUGUACGAAUUGGCCACAGGCCGAUUUCCUUAUCCAAAGUGGAAUAGUGUAUUUCAUCAGCUAACACAAGUCGUGAAAGGAGAUCCGCCACAGCUGAGUAAUUCUGAGGAAAGGGAAUUUUCCCCAAGUUUCAUCAACUUUGUCAACUUGUGCCUUACGAAGGAUGAAUCCAAAAGGCCAAAGUAUAAAGAACUUCUGAAACAUCCCUUUAUUUUGAUGUAUGAAGAGCGCGCUGUCGAGGUCGCAUGCUAUGUUUGUAAAAUCCUGGAUCAGAUGCCCACUACUCCCAGCUCUCCCAUGUAUGUCGAUUGAUAUCGCUGCUACGUCAGACUCUAGACAAAAGGGCUGAGAGGAAGCAAGACGUAACGAAUCUUCAUCCCGCACCACAGUGUUUUUAUUGCUCGCCCAGACACCACGUGCAGUAAGAUUGGUGUUUGUUUCCAUCAUGUCUGUAUACUCCCGUCACCUAGAAUGUGCAUCCCGUAAUACCUGAGAGAUCACGCAGUGUUAAUGCCGGUCAGAGAGACCUCAUCCUGCUCUUUCCUGAUGAACGUAUUCAUGAAAUGUGGAAGUUAGUACGAUCAAUUUGUUGACUGUGAUUAGAUCACAUUUUAAAUUCAUUUCUAGACUCGAAACCU